AUGACGAUUAUCAUUAUCAUCUCCUCAUCCCGCAAAAGCCGGCACGGAUUUCAUCCCUCCCUAGAUACCGUCAUACAUUCCAGCAUGUCAGGCGGCGGUCUCGCCGGAAACGGUUCUCUCGACGAUGAGCUAGCGAGAAGCCACGUGGUGCGGUUGCGCGGGCUGCCGUUCAGCGCGACGGAGUCGGACAUUAAAGCCUUCUUCGACGGGCUCGACAUCGCGCCCGACGGCAUCGUGCUGCAGCUCAACUACCAAGGUCGAGCGACGGGCCAGGCCUUCGUUCGCUUCGCGGACGCCGAGAAUGCGACUAAGGCUCUCGAGCGCAACAGGCAGCACAUCGGAUCGCGCUAUAUUGAGGUUUUCAAGGGCCAUGCAGCAGACAUGGAGGGGGCCUUGCGGAUGGCGGGCAGGGGCGGUGCUGCUGGUGCUGGUCCGGGGGCGGGGGCGCCCAAUAUGGGCAUGGCGGGCAUGGGCGGCAAUAUGGCGGCGGCAACAUCUGGGCUGCUUGCGGGUGGUGCUGCGGGGGCUGGGGUGCCAGGAAUGGCGGGCAACACGGACAUGCGCUACAGCGGCGUCAUCCGCAUGCGCGGCAUGCCCUAUAGUGCGACGUCGGCGGACAUAGCGGCCUUUUUCAAGGGCAUGCAGAUAGCGCACGACGGCAUCUUCCUCUGCUCGCACCCCGACGGCCGCGCCACCGGCGAGGCAUUUGUGGAGUUCGCCAAUGAGGAGACGGCGGCGAGGGCGCUGCAGCUGCACCGAGAACCCAUGGGCCACCGGUACGUGGAGCUGUUCCGCAGCACCAAGGGGGAGAUGAUGGCGGCGGUGCAGCAGCGCAUGUACUCCAUGUUCCCGCCCGUCCCCGCCUUCAUGGGCCCCGUGCCGGGAAUGAUGGGCUUCGGAAUGCCAAGCUUAGGCGCAGCCAACCUCGCCGCCAUGCACAUGGGCGCGGGCGGAAUGGGCGCAGGGGGGAUGGGGGGCGGAGGCAUGGGGGGACCAGGCGGCCCUGGGGGCGGAAUGGGCGCAGCGCAGGCAGCAGCAGCGGCAUCAGAGAACGUAUGCAUAAAGAUGCGCGGGCUGCCCUUUAGUGCAGGGCAGGAGGAUAUUCUGGCGUUUUUCGAGGGGUAUGAAGUGGUGGGGAACGGUGUGCACAUCAUGACGGGGCACAACGACCGGCCCACAGGGGAGGCGUUUGUGGAGUUUGCCUCGUCGGAGGAGGCAGGGCGGGCCAUGGAGCGCCACCGGCAGCACAUGGGGAAUCGUUAUAUCGAGCUCUUCCGCGUCUCCAAGAGUGCCACCGGCAGCACAUGGGCAACCGAUACAUCGAGCUGUUCCGUGUCUCCAAGAGCCAUGCGGGCUUUUUGUUCCCGGUGGGCUUUUUGUCCGGUUAUAUGGACCCGGUGGGUCUGCUGGCAUCACCCCCUGGGGCAAUCGCUGUGCCUCAUGCCCCUCAUGUGCCACAUGCCCCUCAUGUGCCUCAUGCCGCUCAUGUGCCUCAUGCCCCUCAUGUGCCUCAUGCCCCUCAUGUGCCUCAUGCCGCUCAUGUGCCUCAUGCCGCUCAUGUGCCUCAUGCCGCUCAUGUGCCUCAUGCCCCUCAUGUGCCUCAUGCCCCUCAUGUGCCUCAUGCCGCUCAUGUGCCUCAUGCCCCUCAUGUGCCUCAUGCCGCUCAUGUGCCUCAUGCCGCUCAUGUGCCUCAUGCCCCUCAUGUGCCUCAUGCCGCUCAUGUGCCUCAUGCCGCUCAUGUGCCUCCUGUGUCCCUUGUUCUGCCUUUUGGUGGUGCUGGGUGCGCUGAGCAGUGAGGCGCUGGUGGCGGUGCAAGGGGGGUCGUUGGCAGGGUUCAACAUGGCGGGUGCAUUGGACCCCAACAUGCAGCUGCUGCUGCUGCAACAACAGCAUGAGGCAGAGCACUCGCGGUUCAAAAGGUUCAAAAGGUUCAAAAGGUUCAAAAGGUUCAACAGGUUCAACAGGUUCAAAAGGUUCAACAGGUUCAAAAGGUUCAAAAGGUUCAACAGGUUCAACAGGUUCAACAGGUUCAAAAGGUUCAACAGGUUCAAAAGGUUCAACAGGUUCAACAGGUUCAAAAGGUUCAACAGGUUCAACAGGUUCAAAAGGUUCAAAAGGUUCAACAGGUUCAACAGGUUCAAAAGGUUCAAAAGGUUCAACAGGUUCAACAGGUUCAAAAGGUUCAACAGGUUCAAAAGGUUCAAAAGGUUCAACAGGUUCAAAAGGUUCAACAGGUUCAACAGGUUCAAAAGGUUCAACAGGUUCAAAAGGUUCAACAGGUUCAACAGGUUCAAAAGGUUCAACAGGUUCAACAGGUUCAACAGGUUCAAAAGGUUCAAAAGGUUCAACAGGUUCAACAGGUUCAAAAGGUUCAACAGGUUCAAAAGGUUCAACAGGUUCAAAAGGUUCAACAGGUUCAACAGGUUCAACAGGUUCAAAAGGUUCAACAGGUUCAACAGGUUCAACAGGUUCAACAGGUUCAACAGGUUCAACAGGUUCAAAAGGUUCAACAGGUUCAAAAGGUUCAACAGGUUCAACAGGUUCAAAAGGUUCAACAGGUUCAAAAGGUUCAACAGGUUCAAAAGGUUCAACAGGUUCAACAGGUUCAACAGGUUCAAAAGGUUCAACAGGUUCAAAAGGUUCAACAGGUUCAACAGGUUCAACAGGUUCAACAGGUUCAAAAGGUUCAACAGGUUCAACAGGUUCAACAGGUUCAACAGGUUCAACAGGUUCAACAGGUUCAACAGGUUCAAAAGGUUCAACAGGUUCAAAAGGUUCAACAGGUUCAAAAGGUUCAACAGGUUCAACAGGUUCAACAGGUUCAAAAGGUUCAACAGGUUCAAAAGGUUCAACAGGUUCAACAGGUUCAAAAGGUUCAACAGGUUCAAAAGGUUCAACAGGUUCAAAAGGUUCAACAGGUUCAAAAGGUUCAAAAGGUUCAACAGGUUCAAAAGGUUCAACAGGUUCAAAAGGUUCAACAGGUUCAAAAGGUUCAACAGGUUCAACAGGUUCAAAAGGUUCAACAGGUUCAACAGGUUCAACAGGUUCAACAGGUUCAAAAGGUUCAACAGGUUCAAAAGGUUCAACAGGUUCAACAGGUUCAAAAGGUUCAACAGGUUCAAAAGGUUCAACAGGUUCAAAAGGUUCAACAGGUUCAACAGGUUCAAAAGGUUCAACAGGUUCAACAGGUUCAACAGGUUCAAAAGGUUCAACAGGUUCAAAAGGUUCACAGAGAAACAGGGUGGUUGA